AUGAAUGACAUAUCAUUGGAGAGCAUCAUUGUGAUGGUCGUUUACUCGGCGCUGGCUAUCACUGGUCUGUUGGGUAAUAUGUGGGUGCUGACUACAGUAUCAUUGCAACUCAUUGGAUGCGCUGUGAAUCGUGGGCGAAACUACAAGGCCAUGGUUCACUCAUCAGCCUAUAUUUACCUACUAUCAUUAUCAAUUGUGGAUUUGAUCUCUCUCAUACCGGUUCCUAUGCUAGUCACGGAUAUCUACGAAAAUCACUUCCCAUUUGGUACAACUAUGUGCAAACUGUUCUUCCUAUGCGAGGGAAUGAACAAAACAUUGUCUCCAUUGGUCCUAAUGGCUCUCUCGAUCGACAGAUACAUCGCUGUAUGCCAUCCAACACUUCACUGGAUGCGCCAGACGAAAUUCUCGCUGUUCGUCGUUACCGUGUGUGCCACCAUCUCACUGAUCUUCAUCAUCCCAGUCACCCAACAUGCCUCAAUUCGCCCGAUGCAGGAUAACAAAAUGCGAGAGGUCUCAAAAUGCGCUGUCGGCGAAAACGACAAGCCCGACUUGAUUUUCGACAUCAUGCAUACUGUAAUAUGCUACCUCAUCCCAUUGACCAUCAUUUGCGCCGUCUACCUAGCAAUCCUUCACAAACUCUACAUUCAUACUCGAUUCUCCACAGUAGGACAGAAAACGAGCAUCUCGCUCUCGCGCGUUGUCAAAUGCAGUGUGAUGGUGGUCGCAUUCUACUUCAUCUGUUGGACACCGUAUUGGACAAUGAGAAUCCACUACUUCCUAGUGUUUCAAGCAUCCAGCGACGAGCUUGAGGAAAUUGUUGCAGUGUCAAAUGACACCACUCAGACCAUCUCCUACUAUUCCGCUGAGGAGCAGGAGCCCGAGCAGCUCCCACAAAUUGCCAUCAACUUUCAAAUCGCUUUCAUGUAUCUAAUGCACGCUCUACCGUAUGCUCAGAGCGCUUUCAAUUGGCUUUUCUACGCGUUCCUCAACCGAAACCUCCGAAAUUCGACGAUGCGAUGCAUCAAUGGGACUCGAUCAGGAGCCACAACUUCGGCAUUCGAUCAUCCCGGGGUCAACAGUACGAUGAAUACCAGUUUCACCCCGAUUUGGAAGAACAUUCAACAAGUUGGAACCCAAAUUAAGUCGGCCGGAAUCGAUACUGGAAACGCGUUAAUGAAAAUGUCGCCAUUUCGAGGAAGGACAACUGCGCCAGCCAGUAGCGGAAACUACCUUGAAUGUCCGGUUAGCCAUCAAUCGUCGCAGAACAUGCUGAGCUCAUCGCUUCAUGACAUCCCGCGGCGACCCUCAUUAGUUCCCCGCCAAGAGCCGUCACUUGUCGGCAAGGCGCUCUCGUUCACCAAUCUCCCUCAACCCCAAUACCAACGAAUUGAGCAGAAGGAGGAAUCAUCGCAUGGUGUCGUCUCCGAGAGCUCAAGUGUUGAAUGGCUUUAA